CUGGAGAAGCAGCGGGCGCGGGAGCUGGCCGAGAAGGAAGCCGCGAAGAAGGAGCAGCGGGAGGAGGACAGAGGGCGGCACUACACGCUGAGCGUAGCCCUGCCGGGCUCUAUCUUGAACAACGCCCAGUCGCUGGAGCUGCGGACGUACCUCGCUGGACAGAUCGCUCGGGCCUGUGCCAUCUUCUGCGUGGACGAGAUCGUGGUGUUUGAUGAGCUUGGAGAAGAUGCAAAGAGCGUGGAGGGGGACUUUGAAGGAAUUGGGAGGAGAGGCAAGGCUUGUGUGCAGCUGGCUCGGAUCCUGCAGUACUUGGAGUGCCCUCAGUACUUGAGGAAAUCCUUUUUUCCAAAACAUGAGGAUCUGCAGUUUGCAGGGCUGCUCAACCCCCUGGACAGCCCCCACCACAUGCGGAUGGAUGAGGAUUCUGAGUACAGAGAAGGUGUAGUGCUGGACCGGCCAACUAAGCCCGGCAGAGGCUCUUUUGUCAACUGUGGGAUGAGGAAGGAGGUGCAGAUCGACAAACAGCUGAAGCCUGGUCUGCGAGUCACUGUGCGCCUGGAGGAACCCCAGACACCAGAAGCUAAAGUGCGGAAAGGCACCGUGGUGUCCUCACACCACCCUCGGACAGUGUCAGGCUUGUACUGGGGUUACAGCGUCCGCCUCGCCUCCUGCUUGAGCGCUGUCUUUUCAGAGUGCCCGUUCAAGGAAGGCUACGAUCUCUCUAUUGGGACAUCAGAGCGCGGCAGCUCAGUGGAUCAGGCCACUCUCCCCUCCUUCAGGCACGCCCUUGUCGUGUUUGGAGGUCUCGAGGGCUUGGAAGCUGGGGUUGACGUGGACCCAAACCUGGAGGUCACCGACCCAAGCGUCUUGUUUGACUUCUACCUGAAUACUUGUCCCAGCCAAGGCAGCCGAACCAUCCGGACUGAGGAGGCACUGCUAAUCUCUCUCUCUGCGCUGAGACCCCACAUCGCUGAGGCUGUGAAGACACCCAGCAACAGAGGGAAGGAAAAUGACUGA